AUGGAGGCGUUGGAUAAGUUUAUGCAGUAUACAAACUACGUCAGGGGCCUAUGCAAAGUUCUAGGAAUGGACGUUCUAGGACCAAACUAUAAACGAAAUUAUCGAACUAACGUCUGUUUCGUGAUAAUUGGAAUAUACGUUGUUAUGUCAAUCAAUUCGUUUAUGCUUGCUGAUAGUUCCAUCGAAAUGCUUAAGGCGGUAUCGUUUGGGGGAUUUUUCUGCCAAUGUGUGCUGAAAAUUUACUUCACGCUUAGCAAAAGUGAACGAUAUCAUGAAAAUCACACCACAAUCAAAAAGGCAAUAUAUCUUGAUCACUUGGAUGGCAACGAGAGACAGAAGAGAGAAAUUUUGAAAACAGUUGAUUUGUUGCACGUGGUGGUUAAGGGUACAUCCUUGCUUUAUUUUUCAUCAGUAAUACUCUUUUCGAUUUAUCCAGCAUACAUGUACUUCAUUGUGGAUGUUAAAGUGACAAUAUUUCCACUGUAUGUGCCAGGAAUUGACAUUUAUUCGGCGUAUGGAUAUGGUUUCACAAAUUCUAUUCACCUGCUUUUAUCGAUCUAUGGAUUGUUUGGUGCUCUGGCUUCGGACACUGCGUUCAUUAUGUUUGUGUUUCACAUUUAUUCAUACACGGAUCUGCUGAUGAUUAAAUUUGAUGAGUUUGCUGAUAAGUUGGGACAAAUUGAAGAAUCAAAAGAUACUAAACAGUAUGAGGCAUACUGUCGUUUUAAGAUGAGAGAAAUUCUAUUGACUCAUAAAGAUAUAAUAGCAUAUUUAGUUUCAUUGAACAAUUGCUACCAAAAUAUUAGCAGCGUGCAAGUUGCAACUUGUUCAGUGUCAAUAUGUAUUAACCUGUUUUUAGCACUGGUGACCGACUGGUAUGCAACUUACGGAUUUCUAGUCGCUUCAGUGUUCCAGUUACUCGUGUUUUCAGUGCUGGGAACAAUCAUUCAACUGAUGAACGAUCGCAUAAUAAUGCUGAUUUACAAUCUUCCAUGGCAUUUGCUACCCAAUAAUGAAAAGAAAUCAUUCUGUUUUCUGCUCUUCAAAAGCCAGCGCCCGAUUGAGAUUCUGAUUCGAGGACUGGGUCCAAUGAACGUGGAAACAUUUACAGAGAUUAUGAAAGUGAUUUACCAAGCAUUCACUAUGAUGUACAGUUUCCUCAUAGAUCAACAACUGUAA